AUGGGCUCGGCAGUUUUAAUAACUGGCUUUGCUACUCUUGUUACAGCCUUCUUCCUUCUGGUAAUUGGGCUUGUGUACUCUGAGCUGAUGAAUUCAGGCAUUUCUCAGGGGAUUGGAAAUAGUGGGAAACUGCAUGUGGGUCAUGGUCAAAUCCUACAUCGUGUGGGCAUAUGUCAUCAGGUCAACUUUAUCUGAUAUUUUGUGGCUUUUUUUCUGACUUGCUUGAAAUAAGUUUUUGCAGGUUUGUGAGUAAAGGAGAUGAAGCCCCAAUUUGCCCCUGAGCACAGUUACCCUGCCCAUCUGGAUGCCACCUGUCACUUCCUGUCUGUGACUGAGACCAGGUUUAGUAUGGACUCUCACCGAGUGGCAGUCGUUGGAGACAGCACAGGAGCUAACCUGGCAGCAGCUCUGUGCCAAAGGCUGGUGAGGAGAGGGGGCAGACAUCUGCCAUUCCCCUGCGCUCAGGUCCUCGUCCACCCAACCAUGCAGAUGGCAGAUUUCAACCUGCCCUCAUACCAGCAAAAUCAUGCUGAGCACAUAUUGUUUUGUGGCCGGAUGGCAUUCUAUUUCCUACAAUACCUCAAUGGAGGCUUGUUUGUGUGCCAGGGUGUGCCCCAAAGGAACCAUCCCACUAAUCUCAGGUCAUGCUAUGAAAAGUAGCUCUUCAACCUGCCACCUGUUUGCCUCUCAUGAGGCUUCAGUUAGCACCCAGCCACAAAAUAUCACCUUUAA